GCGAUUGGGGAUAUAGAGCUGGCAAAGGUGUUGUGGGAUUGGUCUUUACUCGUCAAAUGCACUAAUACUGAACAAAUGAGUAAGGCAAUGAAGGUUACAUUUAUCUGUAAAGUCGCAGUGGCAGAGAGGAAAGGGGUGAUAGCCCAUAUCUCUGUGGGAUAAAAUGUUGAUGAAGUUAAAAAGCAGCUGACCGGUGGCAAUCAAACGUCUUCAAGCAUUUGGUGAUAGUCAUAGGGUGGACAGUGAGUCUGUCUAACUAACAUUUAAAGAUGAGACACUCCCCACGAGAGUAAUAAUUGGUUUUCUGAGUUUUGGUGUAAGGCCAUUUGUACCACCUCCUCUCAGAUGUUAUAAAUGUCAGUGAUAUGGACACAUUGCCAAUGUAUGUACUGUAAAAGCAAACAGGGGUGUGGAGGGGAACACGCUUAAUGAUGAAUGUGAUAUAAAUGCCGAGGUUAAGUGCGGUAACUGUGGAGAGUUUAUGGCGGGUGCUCAGUCAGAAAACAGGCAGUGAAAUCCAACAGGUGAGAACUGAGCAUAAGGUGUCAUACUCACAAGGGGUUAAAAUACAUAACAGGCAAAGAGGACAACAAGCAGUACACAUAGACAAGGUAAGGACAGUAGCGGCGGCUCAGCAGCCACGUAAAUGUGAGACAGGAGACUUAUGUAAUUAAUGUAGAGGGCAAGCAAAAACAGAGGCAUGGUCCCACCAAACGUUGUAAUGUUUAUUGUGAAGAAUCAGAAUCAGCUUUGGACCUGACUCUUGUGUCACAAAAUUUAUCAGGAAGCGUUGAUUGGAAAGUGUUUAGGCAGAGUAUAAUAGGAGGUGAUCAUCCAACAUUUUUAGAGGUAGCACUUGGAAGGGAUGGAGAGCAGGGAACGAGCGUUGGUAGGUGGGAAUAGACUGGACUUAGACUGGAGUUUUCAGGUAUUGCAGAAGGAAAACUUCAGCAGGUUAAACUGGACAAGAGGGUAGAUGAGCUCAGUGCAGAGAUAAGUCAAGCUAUUUUAGAAGCAGUGCACGCAACAAUACCAAAGACUAAGGGUAGCAUAAAGAGAAGCAUUGUGUCGUGGUGCACAGAGGAAUGCUCAAAAGCAAUUCAAGAUAAGAAAAAGGAGCAGAUGCAGGUGACAAUUAAUGCAAUUGAGAGAUGAGCCUGUGAGUGGGGAUUUAGGUUUUCAGUGGGAAAGAUAAAAGUAGUAUUGUUCACAAAAAAUAUUAAACAAUGUCAGUUUAACAUAAAACUCAAUGGUGAACAGUUGGGAGUGGUCCCGUCAUUUAAGUACUUGGGAAUCCGGUUUGACAAACAAUUUACCUUUGCAGUGCAUGUGGAUAAAGUAGCUAAUAGAUGCAAGAAUGUGCUAAACAUCUUGAGAUGACUUUGAGGCAGGGAAUGGGGGGGCGUGCAGAUUAACACUGAAAGAAUGGUAUAUUGGGCUUAUAAAAUGGGUAAUAGAUUAUGGUUGCACAGUGUAUGGGUUUCAGGCUUUGCGUUUGGGCUGUGGUGCUGUUAAAUCUACUCCAGUCGUGGCAUUCCAGUAGAAAUGAAUGAGAUGCCGCUUCUGGGCAAACUCAAAGGGACAUCAGGACAGUCAUCCAACAAAAAGGGUGUUGGAGAACUGUCAGGAGAGGGGAAAAAAGCAAACAGGGUUCAGAUGGACAAUAAGUAAAAUAGUACAAAAUGUGAUCGUAGAGAUGUCCCCGACUGUUUCUUUUUCAGCAGUACCACCAUGGUGUUUUGAGGUGGCUGAGAUUGAUAUGUAUCUAUUAAAGGAGAACAAUAUUGAUAAGAACAAAGUCAGUCGCUACAUACAAGCACAAUACAGAGACAGCACAAUACAGAGACAGAAUUUAGAUAUUUACUGACGCCUCAAAGUUUCCUUUGUGAUCCCAGACUUAAAUGUUGCAGUCAAUCGUAGAAUAAAUGAUCAUUUGUCUGUUUACACUGGGGAGUUGGUGGCCAUUUUGCUAGCUCUACAAUGGGUAGAAAGUGUUAAACCAGUAUCAGUUGUUGCAGCCUCAGAUUCCAGCAGUGCUCCUGUCAGCAUGAAGUCCAGACAAGAUGUCAUUUUUGAGAUCCUCCAGUCUAUUAAUCGGAUAAAGGCAGCAGGGCUAAUAAUGACUCUAUUAGGGUGCCAGCACAAUGAGUUGGCAGAUACUGGACAUAUGCAAAGACAGCACUAAGGAAAGCACAAAUAGAGAUAAAUAUUAAAUACAGUAAAGCUGAGAUUAAGGCAGUUGUGAAAGGAAGGCUUUUAAAGAAGUGACAGGAAGAGUGGGACAGAGAACCAAAAGGUAGGCAUCUGUAUCAUUUUUUUUUUUUUUAAGUAGACAGAGUAAGAAGGACCAGCAGAAACAGGCAAGAAGAAGACAUCAUGACAAGAAUGAGAGUUGGACACUCAGGACUUAAUAGCAUACUUAAAAUGAUAGGGAAGCAUGCACCAGGCUUUUGUAAUUAUUGAAAUGUAUCUGAAAUGUACUGUAAAGAAACAUUCAAUGUCGCUAAUAUUUUACAACUAGACUCUGGACAUGUUCUUCACAGAUAUAGGUUUUAAUUUCUAAGAUAAACGGGACUUCUAUACAGUUUUUAGAGUAGAGCAGAUUCUGUUCCACACUCCUGUUCAGAAGGUGGCGGUAAUGCACACCAAAAAGCUCCCUGCCAACCGUCAAUAAACAUUAGAAGAAGAAGAGGAAGAGGACAAACCGAAACAUCCUGUAUAAUGGAGGAGGACUGGGCAAGGGUGACUUUCCGUUUCUGCCCGCAGUGUGGCACAAAGCUGCAGUGGGGGUUUAAAUUCUGUCCUUCGUGCGGGGAGAAGAUCCCAGGUGCUGCUGUUGCAUCUGGACUGGAAGACACCUCAGCUUCUCCAAACAUCUCCCCUUCUAAAGUUGACAAAGCCCUUAAAGAUUCCAGCGGCUGUCACGGCUCCACAGAGGUACAUGGAUGUUUAAGUUCAAUUACAGUCUCUCCCCGCCCUGCACUGCGAAAGACUCGUAAAUCCUGCCGUCUGGACAGAGUGGUCAAAUUAAAUGUGAAAGAAGCCCCUCCCUCCAAGACACAAGGUGACAAUGUUGAAUGCACAACAUCUUCACCUAAACAAAACCCAGUCAAGCGCGGCGUUAAGAAGGCGGCAACUGUUGAGUUCACUUCCCCUCGAUCUGGGAGAGGAAAGGCUAGACUUUUUCAGCCUGUGGAAGAAGGAGGGAAAGCAGAAGGACCCACAAUGGACAUCUCCUCUCCUGGUUCUUCACCAAACUCCAAAUCUCUUUUCAAGGCCAAGAAGGCGAAGCACACGGCCGCUUUGGAGCCACUCGAGAACGGCAUGGAGAUGACGGACAUGACAGGCAGGAAGUGGACGCUGGUGCAGCUGCUCAGUCAGAGCAUGACAGAGCUCAUGUAUCAAGUUGUACAAAAAGGGUCAAAGACCACCUCCAGUGAAUCCAGUUACAUCCUCAAAAUGGGGGCUAAAGACGGAAGAAUCUUCAAUGAGCAGAACUUUCUGCAGAGGGCUGCAAAACCUGUGUCUGUGGAUAAGUGGAUCAAGCAGCACAACAUGGACUUGCUUGGAAUUCCUUCCUGUGUCGGCUUUGGUUUUCACUCCGAUUCGUACAGGUUCUUGAUUUUCUCCACCAUUGGCCAGUCUCUGCCGUCUGUCAUGCAGGACAACAAGCUUCUUCCAGAGAAGACUGUUCUCCAUCUCACCUGCAGAUUACUGGAUGUGCUUCACUACAUCCAUUCUAACGAGUAUGUUCACGGUGAUGUGACGGCUGAAAACGUCUACAUCCAGACAGGACACCCCACACAGGUGUAUUUGGUUGGAUACUCCCAUGCCUUCAGGUACUGUCCCAGUGGGCGACACGUGGAGUAUUCCGAAGGCAGAAGAGCGCUACCUGAGGGCCCGCUGGACUUUAUCAGCUUGGAUGCUCAUAAAGGAGUUGCUCCGUCGCGGCGCAGUGAUCUCCAGUCUCUAGGCUACUGCAUGCUGCAUUGGCACACGGGAGUGCUGCCAUGGAGCGCCCUCGCUGACCCGGACAAGGUGGCCACCCUCAAACAGAGGUACAUGGGUGACGUUCCGGCACUGUUGAGUCACUGCUUGGGGCGGAAGAGAGAUUCCAGUGGAUUUCGGAGCUACCUGACCGCAGUUGCAGCGCUGCAGUACACAGAGCAGCCGGACUAUUCUGAGCUGAAAGCCAAGCUCAGUGCAGCCUUGUCUCAGCUGGGCGGGUAUCUGGAUGAACCUCUCGUCUUUUAGAAGAGAACUUAAAGAACCUGUGACAUGUGAACAAUGAUAAGGGUUUUAAAUCUUAUUUCAAUUUGUAUUUUUCUAUUUAUAAUCUUCUGCACUGCUUUUAUUUGUGCUGGUGCUGACAGGAAUAAGAAAACUAGUGCAGGACUGUUUGCACUCUGGUUCUGCUGGAGCUCUGACCCACAGCAAGUUUUAUUGCAAAGUUUGAAGCUAGUUUAGUUCAAGUUCCUGUCUUGAGUUGUGCUCAAGAAGGAAUGAGGUCAACCGAUGUGGCGUUGAUAUUCAAAUAUGGCAUUGGCUUUUUCUUUUUGUGGUUUUAUUGCACGGAAUGGAAUCAGAUCACAUUGUGUCAAGAUGUGUUUGCAACGUUCUCACUUUUCAUGCACUGGCUUUGUAUGCUGUUCACUAUCAGUGGUUUGUUUACUUUAAUGUGAACAAAUAAUGUAUUUUUACAUGUUUGCCAAUGCUCCCUAAAUCCACUGUGAGCAUUGACCACCAUGUAGCCACAAUUAAUUUAACAUUAAUAAGUAUGUUUUGCCCAUUUGCAACCUGUCUGUGCUUCCUUAAAAAAGAACUAAUUCAACUGGAUGUUAUUCAAGAAACAAGUGUUCAUUUAAAAGAAAACUUUAUAAAGUUUGAACAUUUCUUAACAUAAACAUUUCAGGACAUAUACAAUUCUUUAUAUGAAACAGUCAACAGUAAAUAUCUCUUAUGGUGAACACUCUUUGAAGUAAUUCCAAAAUAAACACUUAACUUUUUGCCUGUUCACCUUUUUUUUUUUUUUUUUUUUUUUACAACCUUAAAUCCAUCACUCGAGGCACUUUCUGAAUGAAGAGGCGUUUUGCAUGAUGACGUAAAGCAAAAUAAUGCUGAGACACAAAAGCGCCCCACUGAGGCUACUCUUGAAGAGACCUCAUUUGGACCGACUUUUUUUUUUUAAACAGAUGAGCGUUUUACAGCGGACAUGCUGGCAGUGUGAGGCGUCUACACAUGCAGGUUUGAAUAAUACCUUUACACAGCAAAUUGCAUUAAUAUGAACUCCAAUCCUGCAAGUGUGGAAAUUAAAUCCUUAAAAAAGGUGUGGUCAUAAGGCAGCUCAAGUCCUGGUGUAGCUUAAAGACAGUCACACAAGUAAAAUACAUUAGCGCUGUGGAAAUAACCCCACAGCGCUGUAGCAAUGACAAACAUCACAUGCUCAUGGAGUCCUUCCUAAGAGCUUGGCUUGCUGGAAAACACUGCAAAACAUCCCCUGUCCAUCAAUACUGCAAGUUUAGAAGCUUGGAAUGUCUUCCUUUGUUUACCCCAGCGACCGAUUGGAUGCUGUGUAGGGAAAUACAUCCUUUCCACUGUUUGAUCACUUAAAUAAAUGGAACAAAUUAA